CGCUACGUCACGACACACAAUGGCAGCCAGCGGCACAGCUGUGACGGUUCUCACUCCUAACGGGAGAAGACAAGCUGUUAAAGUGUCCUCAAACACACCGUUAUUACAGGUGCUGGAGGAUGUCUGCAAAAAACAUGGAUUUAACCCCGAGGAACACAGUUUGAAGUUUCAGAGGACUGCUGUUGACCUUACGCUGCCUUGGAGGUUUGCCAACCUGCCCAACAAUGCAAAACUGGAAAUGGUGACAAGUACAAGGAAACAGGCUGUAGCUGACAGCCAGGUGCGGAUUGCUCUACAGAUGGUGGACGGCUCUCGGCUCCAGGGUUCUUUCUCCUGUGGACAGAGUUUGUGGGAGCUGCUCACACAUUUUCCCCAGAUCAGUGUGUCCGAGUUGUCUGAGCCAGGAUCCACCCCUGUGUGUGUUUACAUGAGAGAUGAGGUGAGUGGUGAAGAAGCACUCAAGAAGACCACUCUGAAGUCUCUGGGUCUUACAGGAGGAAAUGCCAUUGUCAGGUUUUUAAUCAAAAAGAUCAAAGCACAGGGACAAGAAGAUGGCGAAGAAGCCAUUGAAACGGCUGCUACGCCAACCACAUCUGUUGCCAAGGAAACCACACCUAGCCCAUCAUCUCAGCCCGAUCCUUCACCCUCACAUCCGGAAACGUCAACAACAAAAGUGACAAAUAAGAAUUCAGACCCCCAUAGUCGAAUCGAAACUCACGUCGCUCCAACUCCCACCCCUGCCACAUGCAUCAAACUUCCUGUUCAACAGGAAGAGGUUCCAAAAUCCCAGGAUGCAGUUGGGCCAAAGAUUCCUCCUGUUGGGAGAGGACCGCCAGAGGAGGAUGGCGAGGAAGCGGGGCCAUCAGGACUGAACUCUGACCCAUCUUCUUCUUCCUCGGCUCCCUCUGCUCCUUUCAUUCCCUUCUCUGGAGGCGGUCAGCGCCUCGGGGGUCCACGGGGAAGUGCAGUGGGACGCUCACUAUCUUCAUCCUCAUCAUCCUCGUCUCUGUCAGCUCCAAUAACAGCAGUCGAAUCACCAAAAGCCAAGAAAGCUAAAUCUAGCCACGGUUCGAGCACCAAGUGUCAAACCACUGCCAACCAGCCGGACGAGGACAUGGAUCAAUGGGAGGAGUUCUUGGAGCCAGUAGAGAGGGAGCCUCUCAUCUACCACCUGGACGCAAUGUCCCGUCACUCUAAGGACCACAGAGAUCCUCCAGACGAGUUCUUUGAAGUGACGAUGGAUGAUGUGCGUAAGCGCUUCGCCCAGCUGAAGAGCGAGAGGAAGCUACUGGAGGAGGCUCCGCUAAUGACUAAAUCUCUGAGAGAAACACAGAUGAAGGAGAAGAUGGAAAGAUAUCCUAAAGUGGUUCUGAGGGUCCAGUUUCCAGACAGACAUGUUCUACAAGGUUUCUUCAGGCCUCUGGAGACAGUUGGUACUGUGAAGCAUUUUGUGAGGAGUCACUUGGAGGAUCCUCAGCUCAGUUUCUACUUGUUUAUCACCCCUCCAAAAACCAUCCUGGAUGACCCCUCAGCUACACUGUUUGAGGCCGACCUGUUUCCUGGUGCUCUGGUGUACUUUGGAGCCGAUGUCAAGACAGAUUUUUACAUGAAGAGGGAACUGCUUGAAUCCUCUGUCUCGGCCUUGCAAGCAAAUGAGUCCAUUGCAAGCUGCAUGCUCCGGUCCCCAACACCUUCCUCCAACACUGAGGGCUCAGAGGAGCCGCUGCCUCCUCCAGAGCCGAAGGAGGACACCAGCGGGUCCACACAGGACGAGGGAGACUCGUCUACACACAUCCAGGCUGCUAAACCGCCCCGAUCUGACCCGGGAAAGGUGCCCAAGUGGCUCAAGCUUCCAGGUAAGAAAUAGGACUGUUGCUGUGUAUUGAUGAGAAGACUUCACAUCUGAUGAGCCGCUUGAAGACUGUGGAGAGCACUUAAACCUUUGCUGCGCUUUGAGGGCUCAACUGUGUGGCAUGGAAGAAGCUUGCACUUGACUAGGUUUUAAAAGGGCCAAAAUAACAAGACGGAUGAAUAUGGGAUUGGAGGAUUGUUUCAUUCUGGUUGAUCUCUUGGAGGAGAGAGUGUUAAAGAUGCUGCUUUUAUUCAGCAAGUGAAAAUGUUGUGGAAAGUGAAUAAAGAUGGUUGUA